GAGAGGUAGCUAAGAAAAGCAGAUCUCCUGUUUUGUCCUUUAUAAUUCUUGAUACUGACCCUGCUCUGCUGUAGCCAUGACGACCAUGCUGCUGAGCGCACUAGGAGCACUGCUCUGCUCCUUGGUUAUCACCGCUGAGGUCAUGCCCCAAGGAGACUUCAAUCUACAGGGGGUGGCAGGAAAGUGGUACGUGAUUGGAUUUGCCACUAAUGCCCAGUGGUUCGUCAAACACAGGGCCGACAUGAAGAUGGGCACCACCAUGCUGACACCAACUGCUGACGGAGACCUGGAUAUUGCAUAUUCUAGCCGGAACGCUGAUGGCUCCUGCUGGAGAAUGAACCACCUGGCCAAGAAGACAAAACUUGCGGGGAAAUUCAUCUACAAGAGCGAGCGCUGGAGUAAUGAAAAUGACAUGCGUAUCGUUGACGUUAAGUAUGACGAGUAUGCUCUUAUUCACACCAAGACCAAGGGUGUUUCAGCUGUGCUCACCAACCUGUAUGCCCGUGGGACAGACCUGGGCCCUGACCUGCUGCAGAAGUUUAGGCAGUUCUCCCUGGACACUGGCAUUCUGCCCGAAAACAUCGCUAUCUUCCCCAAAAAUGAUGAGUGUCCCGCUGCGUAAUUUCAUCCAUCUUCUUCACUUUGCUCCCUUGAUCCUUCUGCAUGGCAUUGCUACUUGAUGGGUCGACCCAUGGCAAACUGUGGCAACCAUGAAUCAUCUUCAGCUGCAUUUAUCCAUCAGACCACACCGUAACAUGCAUCUGCAUUACCUACUGAAGCCCAGCGUAGCUGGUUAGGCAAUCUUGUAACCUUAGUUUUUCACUUCCCUGAUUGGUUCCAAUAAAAUACUGUCCUGUGCUUCUUUCUGUUUGUCAGUCGUUCUACUCGUCGGAUGACUAGAAUAUGUUGGGUAUUUAAUACCUCUGAUCCUAAGAU